CGCUCGACGGCGCGGGCGUCCGCGCGCGCGUCGUCGCGGCCGACGACGCCGCGUUCGCGGCGCUCGCCGCGGGCGCGUACAACGUCGUCCCGCCGGACAGGCUCGGCGUCGACGCCGACGCCGCGCCCCUCGUCCAGCAGUUCGUCUCGCGCCUCUUCCCCAUGGGCCACGUCAAGUCCACGACGCCCGACGACGCCGCGUUCUUCGCCGCGUUCGAGGCGUCGCCGAAGUGGCUCCGGCUCCAGGACUGAGGCCGGCGACGCGUCCGUCGGGGCGCUCGUCCCGGGCGCGCCGCGUUCCGGCGUCGCGUUCCGGCGUCCGCGAACGCGUCGUCCGGCGACUCCGACGACGCGUCCGGGGAACGCGGGCGAACCCGCGACCUGCGUCGACGUUCGCCGAUGCGCCGAUCGCGCGCCACUCCCACCGCGCGGACCCGGCCCUCGCGCGAAACAUGAGCCCGAUCCCCGACCUCGACUCCCGACCCGGCCGAACGGCGCCCGCCCGCCCGGGCGACCUAAGGACCACGACGCG